UUAAGAUGCUGCCCCUUUAAGGAGGGCGGGGUAGCGGAGAAGGUAGCCGCGCCCCCUUCCUCUCCUCGCGGAGCCUUCCAGACCGCCUGUUUCCGGCCUCGCCCCGCCCCCUAGGGGAGGGGCGGGAGCAAAGGGGGCGGGGAAGGAAGAUGGUUUACCUGGCGCGGCGGGCGCGCGGCGCGUGCGAACGGCCGGACAGGUCCGCGGGGCUCACUUCCUGGCGUUGCCCCUUCCCCCUCCUCGCCGUUACCCUGUACAUCCGGGUCAUUUGCCCUCCCCGCUCGCAGGAGCCGUUGCCGCCGCUGCCGCCGCCGCCUGGCUCGUCGCGGCUCCGCCACAGGGGCAGGUGCGGAGGGGUUCCCGGUCCGGCGCCGCCGCCGCCGCUGCCCCGCUCCGGGCCCGGGGCUCCCCCUAGCGCUGCUGAGGAGCUGCCGCCGCGGCUCGCGGAGGGCGGAGGAACGGGGCUGAGAGAGAGCGCCUGGAGGCUCGCGGGGAGGGUGACUGGUUUAUUUUUUUCCCGUUUUCCUCGCUUCUCUCACACCCCUGGCUCGUCUGCUCCGCGACCCCAUUUUGGCGGAGAGGCGGGCGCGGUGGGGCCUUUCUCCGCCCCUGCCUCCUUCCCCUCGCGUCUCCCCGCGCGUGCUCGCCGCCCUUUCCCGUGCCCAGUCUUGCCUCCGCCCGUGGCCUUUGGCUCCGGGCGCUUUCCCCUCCGGCGUCUAUGGCCGUCCCCCGACCCGGAACUCCCACGUCCUUUCCUCCCAGCGGCCGCCUUCCCUCCCGCUGCUGGUCCCCGGAUCCACACCCCCUUCUCCCUCGGACUCCACCAGGCCUCGCCCGGACACGCGGCCCUCCUGAUCACCUGCCUUGAUCUUGGUGCCCCGACCCCUUCCACCUGUGCCACGAUACCGCCCGAUUCAGGUGUUGCGUGGACCGCAGAUCCUUAGCAUUUAAAGUCCCGGUUCUCGGUCCUAGGGUGUGGCCUUAGCUGUGUUUCCAAAACUCACGUUUCUACUAUAAUUAUCCAAAUGCAUGACUGUCAAACUGUAGUGGACUUGGCACUUGCUCUGUGUGUGUGUGUGUGGUCCUCAUGAUUAUUCU